GACUGGAGUUGCCCAUCCCUGCUCUAAGGGUCCCUGAGGAGAGGUUUGAAAACCACUAACCUAUUGUAAUUUAUCUUUUUUUUUUAAAUGUUAUCCUGAAGUAAAAAAAAUAUUGUUCUUAUGUUUGCUUGAAAUGUGUGGGUGGGGGCUUUAUGCUUACAUGGCCAGUCGAGGGAACAAGAGACCCAUGUUGAUCGAUCCCGGCGGUACAGUAUGAGCAAUUUAAAGUAAACCAGCAUCCAAUUGUUGAAUUUCAGAGUAAAUGUGUAAUUUCCUCCAAUGUCCGUAGGCAUCGGUAUGGACCUGUUCUUUUGUUGCACAACUUUGAUUAGCGAUUCUGGAGCACAGUCAUUUUUUUUUUUUAAUUAAGUGAUUUUAUAUGACAACAUAAUCCCCUAUCAGAUCAUUCACACAGCCGUUAGUCAAAUGUAUGUAAUCCGGCAGCUCUUGUUAUCUUGCUGUUUCUCUGUUUAUGGGAAAUUCCUCAACUCUGAACUAUCUCUGUGUUUUGUUUGCAUCGUGAGGAAAAGAGAAGCCACAACGAGUUCCGGGGUCGCUCCUCCCUCAAAACCCUGACUGUCCCCGAUAAAAAAAAUAAUGUUUUAAUUUCAUCGGCUAAUGCACAAAUUAAUUUCAGAACACUAAAAGACAAAACGGACUCUGCAAGACUCCAGCACAACGACGUAAACUACAAUGGAUUAUUCAACCAAUGACAGCAAAUCAACCAGCAAGAAAAAAGUGGUGGCUGUGGUGGGAGGUGGUUUGGUCGGCAACUUGAAUGCCUGCUACUUUGCAAAAAGAGGUUUUCAAGUAGAGGUCUUUGAAUCUCGAGAAGAUAUCCGCCAAGCCAAAAUAGUCAAAGGAAGAAGCAUCAAUCUAGUUCUGUCUCACAGGGGUCGCCAGGCUUUGAAGCACGUGGGAAUGGAAGACACGAUUAUCUCCAAAGGAAUUCCCAUGCAUUCCAGAAUGAUCCACGCUUUGAACGGGACACAGUCUCCCAUUCCUUAUGGCAAGAAAGGCCAGUACAUCCUGUCUAUCGACAGAGCCAACCUCAACAAAGAACUGUUGUCAGCAGCAGAGACGUAUCCCAACAUAAAUCUGAACUUUGCCCACAAACUACUCAACUGGAGCACUGAAACAGGGGCGAUGACCUUUCAUCUAUUUGUGGAAGAGAUCCAGGCAGACUUGAUUGUGGGAUGUGAUGGAGCGUUCUCUGCCAUCCGGAAACAGUUCCUCCGUCAGAGCCGUUUCAACUACAGUCAGACCUACAUCCCUCAUGGGUACCUGGAGAUCACCAUGCCCCCCAUCAAUGGAGAGUUUGCCAUGAAGCCUGAUUAUCUGCACAUAUGGCCACGCAACACGUUCAUGAUGAUUGCUCUGCCCAACUUGGACAAGACUUUCAACUGCACACUCUUCAUGCCAUUUGAGGAGUUUGAGAAAGUUACCACGGGCGACAAGGUCAUCGAGUUUUUCCAGAAAUACUUUCCCGAUGCCAUCCCACUAAUAGGAGCGGAGGCCCUUAAGAGGGAUUUUUUCCGUCUGCCAGCCCAGGCCAUGGUGUCCGUGAAGUGCUCCUCAUAUCACUUUGGUGACAAGUGCGUCCUUAUGGGCGAUGCAGCCCACGCUAUGGUGCCAUUCUACGGUCAGGGGAUGAACGCAGGCUUUGAAGACUGCCUUGUUUUAAACGAAAUCAUGGACCAGCUCAACGAAGACUUCAGUGCUGUUCUGCCUGAGUACACCAGAGUCCGAGUCCCAGACGGCCAAGCUAUUGCAGACCUGGCCAUGUACAACUACGUUGAAAUGCGGGAACACGUCAAUUCCAAAUGGUUCCUGUUCCGAAAAUACGUUGACAAUUUCCUUCACAUUAUCAUGCCAAGGACAAUAAUUCCCUUAUACACCAUGGUUACAUUUACCAGGACAAGGUACCAUAAGGUGGUAAAACACUGGCACUGGCAAGACAAAGUGAUCAACCAAGGCCUGUUGUUCUGUGCUGCAGUGUCUGUCGCGGGGGGCUCCUACCUGCUUGUCAGAUACCCCCCUAGCAUGCCAAAUAUCCCCAUCGAGCAGCUGUGGUCCAGGCUGCAGGCCCUCAAGAGUCCCUUCUGAGGGGUUGUGGGUCAUACCACUCUGAGCUACAAACAGCAGAGAUCAAAUCAACUGACCUCAAAACAGAUGGGAUAAAGACAGAGUUCUGCAACCCAAUUACCAAUAAGAUUUUGAUCAUGUACUCAAUAAAGAUUUGAUUUACUGUAAUUGAAGGCCUGUGAGGAACAUUGUGUUAAUGUAGACUGAACAAAAAUAUGUAAAGUGUUGGUCCCAUGCUUUAUGAGCUAAAAUAAAAGAGCUCAGAAAUGUUC